UUUUGGUAGCUGCCAGAUCGAAGAGAAACGGAGGAAGCGGAAAUCGGUGUUUUCGUAUUCGUCUCACGUGGUCUCCCAGAACAACAACGCUGCUCGUUGCACUCCUCUAUGUACUUCCACGGUCGAAGAGGACAAUGGACGGUUUCAGCAUUGAUGAAUCGGCUUUGCAGCUGUCUGAUUUGGAACUCGCCGUCCUGCUCUGUCUCGCUGCUCACGAGCAUUGUCUCCUGGAAACGACCAAAGACAGCAUUCAUGACGUCGCCAAAGAACUGGCUCUGAUAUCAUCAAACACAUUUGGUCUUUCUUAUGCGAUUCUCGAUUGCUCUCCUUCCACUACGUUGGCGGAUUUCAGCUCAGAGAUACUUGCAGCUGAUGGCCUCGGAAGCUAUCAUGGCCCGGCAGGGCCCAUGAAAAUUAAACGCUCCCCGUCGUACAGUACUCAGAAAUCAAGAGAUCAUGUUGGACGGACCGAUGAUGGACAUUCCCUCGACAGCAGGAAGGUCGUCAACGUGAUUAUCGCGAAACACUUCAACCGUGUCAACGAGGAUAUCCAAAUCAGGAUCCUUGAGUUACUGCGUUCGAAGCAGCUCACCACCCGAGAUGCAGUCUUGACUGCCCCUACAAGCUUCCUUUUUCUUCCGCUUGUGACCCGCAAGCCUGAACAGUUCCAGCCUCCGUUGAAUAAACACCUGAAUGACCAUCUUUUCAUUUCACAUUUUCAUGAUUCCAGUAUGGGCUAUGCCCACCUGGAAGAUGUUGAUGACUGGCUGUCCGAUGGACAAGAAUCAAUAUCAUCCGUUGUCAGAAAGCCAGACACUCGCAUGCCGAAGAAAGGCACUCAAAUCGAUGAACAGGCCCUUAGAAUUUUUGGAGAAACCAGUAAAACAGUCACUGCAAAUGCAGAUGUGGUCCGAUAUCAACAGGAUAUUAUCUCAUUCCUCAGACUCAGUCGGGCAGUCGCGGGAGGAAUAUCCCCGAAAACGAAUAUUCACUUCUCCAAAUUAGCAAAGCUUCUUGCUCAAUUACACGGAAUUGACUACCUCACUCCCUCGAUCAUAGCUCUGGCCUCGAAGAAGGUAUUCUGCCACCGCAUCAUCCUUGCCCGUCCAGAGGACGACCGCAGCCUGCAGUAUGGCAGUGAUUUGAAAGCCGUGGCUCAGGUCUUGUCACAUUUAACUCCGGAGAUGGUCUUGGACGAUGUCCUCUCCCAAGUCGAUGCUCCUGUGUGAGGCAGAUAUAGCUGCAUGCCCAUUGCAUUGCUUAGAAGUUGUGGGUAUAUACAGAACUAGGUCGUCAUGAUAAUGGCGUUCGGUAUCGCUAUAUGGCCUAAAUUUUACAGUUAGGUUACUACAUCAUCAGUCGUUCAUGUCCAUACUCAUUACUUACCAGGUACAUGACUAUAUGAGGUGCAUCCUGAUGACUGGACCGAAAUACCGCUGUUCGUUUGGAUAAAAGCAAUGAGAACAGGAGAAAGGUCCAUGAAACACCAACCAGGAAAACAUUUAUCGCCAACUAGCUGGCUAGAUCACCAAAUUUGGUUGUCGUCAGACAUCACUGGUGCAUUUUGAAUCAGAUCAGCGCAUGUAAAUGAAUUUGCAGCGUUCAUAUCAUUUGAAUUGAUGUGGGCGGUUUUGAUAUAGUUUGAACACAAGAAAUAACAACCGAAAC